UUUCUAUAUUUAUGCUAUGCAAAUUCAUUCUGAGUACAUAUUUAACUUCGAUUGGGAAACUGUUGUUAAAGGAUUCUGGAGGAAAUACCCAUGCAAAGAAUUCGAUUUCAUCAAGUUUAACUAAGUUGUCGACAUGAUUCUAAGUGAUCACAAUAGAAUUUAAGUUAACAGAGUGGUAGAACUGGUUCAGUUAUUAAGGUAUAUGCACGCAAAUUCGGAAUUUGGUGUUUGACCUUGGAGCAGAUCACUUUUGAUCUUGAAAAUAGGAGUAUGGAAAUGAAAACGAAGGUGCUUAAGACAUGCAAAUUUUAUCCCAAUCUUACAGGGGAUGAGUCCAUUAUUUAUA